CCAAUUUAUCGCCGCGCGGAUGCGAUGGAAGAGCUUUGAGCGAGUUGCAUCGAGUUGUUCAAGCGCAUUUAUGAAUGUCGUCUUGACUAUCAGGUCUGAUUCGUAUUCAUCGAGAAGUUUUGCGUAGAUACCUGCAAGCGUACACAAAACACCUGCACUAAACUUCAUAAUUAGUGUACGCCAUGUCGCUGGAAGAAUAUCUUGAAUGGAGCACGACGGAAGUAACGACCACAUUGGACGAAGAUCUGGAUUCGGAUGACACGUACACGCCAUACUCCGAGAGGCCCGAAACGUAUAUCGUCCCGAUAGUGUUUUUCAUCAUAUUCGUCGUCGGUGUAUUGGGCAACAGGACACUUGUCAUCAUUUUCUUUCGGCACAGAGCGAUGCGCAACGUUCCGAAUACGUACAUCUUAUCGCUGGCGUUGGCUGAUCUCCUCGUCAUCGUGACGUGCGUACCGUACACGGCGCAAAUCUACACCGUCCCGACGUGGAAAUGGGGCCUCGCAUUAUGUAAACUUUCCGAGACCACAAAGGACAUCUCGAUCGGCGUGUCAGUCUUCACAUUGACCGCGCUAUCGGCAGAGCGAUACUGCGCUAUUGUCAACCCACUAAGGCGAUUUCAGAUAAAACCGUUGACGCUACUGACGGCGAUCCUCAUCUGGAUGCUGGCGCUCGUGCUCGCGCUGCCUGGCGCGAUCAUUUCGAGGCUCGAGGUGAUCCCUCUGACCAACACCUCCAACCUCAACAUAACAGUCUGCUCUCCGUAUCCGGCGCCACCGUACAAGCGUACAUUUGCUCGCUACAGUGUUGUGGCGAAGGCGCUCAUCUACUACAUCAUCCCACUGUGCAUCAUUACAGGCUUCUAUGUGUUAAUGGCGCAGAGGCUGCAGGCCAGCACCCAAGUGCCCGGUGAGCUGCAGGGCCAAAGUCAGGCGCAAACACGUGCACGUCGGCACGUAGCCAAGAUGGUCAUGGCUUUCGUUUUCUUAUUCUUCAUCUGCUUUCUUCCGCAUCAUGUCUUCAUGCUGUGGUUCUGGCUAUAUCCAUCCGCCGAACACGAUUAUAAUGAUUUCUGGCACGCUUUACGCAUAAUAGGUUUCUGCCUGAGCUUCCUCAACUCAUGCGUGAACCCUGUGGCACUGUACUGCGUCAGCGGCGUCUUUCGUCAGCACUUCAAUCAUUACUUAUGCUGUCGCCGGCAACUGCUUCUGGUACGCGGCGCCGUUCCGUCGCAAGGCAAUUGCGAGACGAGCUUCAAUUCAACGUGCCGACGACACACACAGGGAACCACCAUCGACGCGCACAGCGUUUACCACAAGAAUAAACUCAUUGCACGUCGAAAGACUUACGAAGGAAAAGUGAUUAAAUUUGAAACAAGCACUACCAGCAGCAAAUCGGAGAAUACGUUUAAACUGACCACUUGAAACAGCCCUAGCUGUUCGUCAAGUGAGCAAUCGCAUGAAAGGAAAAGAAAAGUCGUCUUUUGUGAUAACGUUUGAACACAUCUGCUAUGCAUUUGAGAAACGGCGCACUACAUGCCAUUAGUUUGACGCGCAAAUGAUGUUAUUCAGUAUCAAGAUCAACAUCAAAAUUAUGAGAGGUUUGGAAUGUUUUCAUUUGAAGACGAACAUGAUCCGAUUACAAUUAGACUAAGAAAUGGUAUUAAUUUCGUGGAAAUUCCAAAAUUCCAGAAUUCAUAUUGAAAUUGUAAGUGAUAUUCUUAAAUCUGCUGUUUUUCAUUUUUUGUUUCCUAUAUUCCAUAUAUGCUAAAGUAAUCUUUGUACAAUUCCGAUAUUCAUACUCAAUUUUAACUAACUACAAGUAAAUAUUAACAAAUGUUUAUAUUAUUAUCCUGUAUUUACAAUAUUGUGCUUACACUAAGUGUGCAUAUUGCUGCCAUAAACCGUACCCUAAAGUAACUAUAAUCAUACCUAUGUUAUAUGUUUCAUUUAUUUACUCGUAUAUUUAAAACUCUAAAAAUGUUAUUACGCCGAGUUAGUCAAACUACUCUUCACAUUCUCCUAUUUAUGCAUAUAAAUAUUUAAAUAUAAUUGAGCUAUUUGUACAUGAACACUUUUAAUGAUUAGUAAUAGAAGAUUAGUAAUUGAUUGUAAAUAUCUGGAAGAAAACUGUAUUUUAUGUUAAAUGUUAUAAAUGUGUUGAAAAUUUUAUGUAUAUUGCAGCCAUAUGCAAAUAUGUAGGUAAUUAUUGGAACGCAUUGUUAUCAAUGUCAUUUUUGCAAAUUACUUUUAUCUGAGUUUAAAGUUUAUAUUGAAUGUCACAAAGAAUAC